AUGGAAGUCUACGUGGACGACAUGCUAGUCAAAAGCAUCCAGAUGAAUGAACAAUUUUUGGGGUACAAUGUGAACCAAAGGGGAAUCGAAGCAAAUUUGGUAAAUAUUAGGGCCUUACUGGAAAUGAGGUCGCCUCAGAAGCUGAAGGAGGUUCAGUGUCUCAAUGGUCGGAUAGUUGCGCUCAAUCGCUUCAUCUCCAGAGCCACUGAUAAGAGCCUACCCUUCUUCGAAGUGUUGAAGCAAGGGAAGAAGUUUCAAUGGACCGAUGAGUGCGAGGAAACCUUUCAAGCGUUGAAGAAACACUUAGGAGAGGCGCCUCUAUUAUCCAAACCUAAACCACAGGAAUCACUACUGAUAUACUUGGCACUCUCCGACAAGGCGGUCAAUGCAGUCAUAGUUAGAGAAGAAGACGAGCAUCAAUUAUCGGUAUACUAUGUCAGCAAAGCACUACUCCCGACAGAAAAUCGAUACCCGGGCAUGGAAAAUCUGGCACUUGCCCUCAUCACAGCACAUGCCAUCAAGGGACAAGCCCUUGCAGAUUUUGUGGCUGAAUCUCCCAUAGCACUAGUAAUGGAGGCAGCAAUGGAGCCAGCCGAGCCCCCAACAUGGAACUUGUUCGUGGAUAGAUCCACAGGAGAAACUGGCUUCGGAGUUGGGAUCGUCUUGGAAAGCCCAGAAGGUCUUAGAUUCGCAAAAGAAAUUCAGGUCAAAAGGCUCCUAGCAAGCAGCGACUCUCAACUUACUGUGAGUCGGGUCAACGGGAACUUUGCCACCAAAGACAGUAGCAUGGAUGCAUAUUUAAAAUUGGUCCUGGACCUAAUCCCACAUUUCGAGAGGUUUGAAUUAAUCCAAGUCCCACGCCUCGAGAACACUCAUGUAGAUGCCCUGUCAAAAUUGGCCAGCAGCAAAGACUCAGAGCUGCUAAAGAUUGUCCCCAUUGAACGCUUGUCGAAGCCCUCCAUCUCUGAAGGUGAAGAGUUGUUAUGGAUAGAAAGUACCCCAGUAGGGAUGCAACCCAUCAUGGCCUAUCUCAAGGAUCAACCGCUACCAGCUUCAAGAAGCGAGAAGGGGAAGAAGCCACGUAUAUACUCAGGGAGAUCCUUGAAGGGAUCAGCGAAAAUCACUCCGGAGGAAUGGCUCUGGCACACAAAACAGCCUUCUCAAAUUCUCUCCGUAGUCACUAGUCUAUUGCCAUUCGUUAAAUGGGGCAUCGACUUUAUUGGUCCACUUGCAAAAGGGAGAGGAAGCGCGACUUUUGUUAUUGUCCCCAUUGAUUACUUCACCAAGUGGGUCGAAGCUGAACCUCUUGCCGAGAUCACCGAGGCGAAUACUACAAAAUUCGUCUGGAAGAACAUCAUUUGUAGGUUCGGCAUUUCCUACUCCUUAGUGUCCGACAACGGAAGACAGUUCGGCAACAAGAAGAUGCGAGACUUAUGCAACGAACUGGGGAUAAAGAAGGAUUUCUCGACGCCUCAUCACCCCCAAGAAAAAUGGGCAAGUUGA